GUCGGGACCGAGCCCGAGCCCGAGCUAGACGUCGGGACCGAGGCCGAGCUAGACGUCGGGACCGAGCCCGAGCCCCAGGCGGCCAUGGCAGAGUCGGCGGCCUUGGCCACAGGGAGUGCGGCGGAGCAGCUACUGAGCCCGGGGCGAGCAGCCAGUUACCGGAGAUAUGUAAAAGAAGCAAAAGAAGCUACCAAGGACGGAAAUCUAGAAGAGGCCCUUAAACUUUUCUACUUAGCAAAAGACAUUUUUCCCAAUGACAAGGUUCUGAGCCGAAUCCAGAGACUAGAGGAAGCCCUGGAAGAGCUAUCAGUGGAAGGAGACGAUGAAUUUGUUGAUGUGUGUGACAGUGGCCUGAUGCUGUAUCGAGAACUGCACGAUCGACUUUUUGAGCACCAGAAAGAAGGUGUGGCCUUUCUCUAUAGCUUGUAUAAAGACAGAAGGAAAGGUGGCAUACUGGCAGAUGAUAUGGGAUUAGGAAAGACUAUCCAGAUUAUUGCUUUCCUUUCUGCCAUGUUUGAUGCUGAACUUGUGAGGUGUGUGCUGCUGAUCAUGCCUACCAGCCUUAUCAGCACAUGGACCAAAGAAUUUGCUAAGUGGACCCCAGGAAUGAGAGUUGCAACCUUUCAUGGUUCCAGUAAGAAUGAACGUACUAGAAAUCUAAACAGGAUUCAGAGGAAGAAUGGGGUUGCUAUUACAACGUACCAAAUGUUGAUCAACAAUUGGCAGCAACUUUCCCAACUGGAUGGCAUAGAGUUUGUCUGGGAUUAUCUUAUACUUGAUGAAGCCCAUAAAAUUAAAAGUUCUUCUACUAAGUCAUCAGUUGCUGCCCGGGCUAUCCCUGUGAAAAAUCGCAUCCUCCUUACAGGAACCCCAAUUCAGAACAACUUGUAUGAGUUGUGGUCCCUCUUUGAUUUUGCUUGUCAGGGAUCCUUGCUAGGAACAUCUAAAACUUUUAAAAUGGAGUAUGAAAAUCCUAUUACUAGGGCCAGGGAGAAAGAUGCUACUUCAAGAGAGAAAGCCCUGGGGCUGAAAAUAUCUGAAAACUUAAUGACGCUUAUAAAACCUUAUUUUCUCAGGAGGACUAAAGAGGAUGUACAGAAGAAAAGUGCCAAUAAAUCCCAGCGCAAUCUUCCUGAAAAGAAUCCAGGUGGUGACAUGGUCCGUGAAAUCCCUUCCCUUUCCAGGAAAAAUGAGUUAAUUAUUUGGGUGUAUUUAGUACCUUUGCAAGAAGAAAUAUAUAGGAAAUUUGUAUCCCUAAACCACAUCAAACAGUUAUUAACAGAAACACGUUCACCUUUGGCUGAGCUGACUGUCUUAAAGAAGCUAUGUGAUCACCCGAGGUUACUGUCAGCACGGGCUUGCAGUUUGUUAGGUCUCAGAGAAGGCAACUUCUCUGGUGGGGAUGAAAGUCAAGUGGCUCAUUCAGAUAUCCAGAUUGAGCAGGUACCUCAUGAAUCCCUAAUGCAAGAAUCAGGGAAAAUGAUGUUCCUUAUGGCUUUGCUUAAGAGAUUACAAGAUGAAGGACAUCAAACUCUGGUUUUUUCCCAAUCCAGAAAACUUCUAGACAUCAUAGAGCACCUUUUAAAGAAAGAGAAUGUCAAGAUUUUGCGUAUUGAUGGAACCGUUACUCACCUUUCAGAAAGACAGAGGCGAAUUAACUUAUUUCAGCGGAGUCAAGGUGUCUCUGUUUUUCUCCUUACUUCCCAAGUAGGUGGAGUAGGUCUGACCUUAACUGCAGCAACUCGAGUUGUCAUUUUUGAUCCUAGCUGGAAUCCUGCAACUGAUGCACAAGCUGUAGACAGAGUUUACAGAAUUGGGCAAAAAGAAAAUGUUGUAGUUUAUAGGUUGAUCACCUGUGGUACACUGGAAGAGAAAAUAUACAGAAGACAGGUUUUCAAGGACUCAGUAAUAAGACAAACAACCGGGGAUCAAAAAAACCCUGUUAGAUAUUUUAGCAAGCAAGAAUUAAGAGAGCUCUUUACAAUAGGGGAUUUUCGGAGUUCUGCAACACAGUUGCAACUGCAGUCUUUGCAUGCUGGUCACAGAAAGACUGAUGAGAAACUGGAAGAACAUAUUGCUUACCUGCACACUUUGGGAAUAGCAGGAAUCUCUGACCAUGAUUUGAUGUUCACACAUGAUGUGUCUGUUCACGAAGAAUCUGAGGUAGGGGAAUCUCAGUAUAUUCAAGAAAGGGUUCAAAAAGCUCAACUCUUAGUUGAAUUAGAAUCGCAGAAUAACGAGCUCUUACUGAACAGUGUAAAAACCAGAGUUGAGGAAACCUGGCUGAAGGAUCCUGCAUCUUCCAAACCAAAGAAAAAAUGCUCUGAAUUUAAUGUUGUACAACAUCCUUCACCACCUGUAAUUGUUGAUCUUACACAAGAAGACUCUCUCAAUUCUGGAAUGGCAGGUUUAAGUAUUGUUGAAGACAGUGAGGCGCACGAUCUCUCUGUCAUGAAUGUAGACGUGUCUAUAAAACAAUCUGAUGUUCACUUAACAGAACACAAAAUUGAUGAUGAAUGUAUAACUAUUUUUUCCAAUGAAGAGUGCCACGAAAUGGAAAUAUCAAAGACCAAUAAUCCUGGUGAUAGCAGUGAAGUUUUACUAGAUAACACUCAGGAAAGUGUAAAGUCGUUAGCUCACGAGACAGCAAAAGCUGACCUCGAGCCAAAUCCAGAUCAGCCAACAAAUGAUGAGAUUUUACUGGAAUCUUCCAUCUUGCCUCUUAGUCCAGAAAAGUCAAUGGAAUUGGGUACUUCUGUCAUUAGCCUACCAGGUGAUCUGUCAGGCCCAAAUGCAUUGGAGAAUUCUGGACCAAACGAGGCCAAGUUAGAAAAAGAAUCCUUAGCUGCUUCACUGCAGGAUGCUGGGGAUUUCAAUCUUUUCUUGGAAGACUCUGUAGAGAGUGGACAGAAUCCUUCCAAGCAGUCUUUGAAGUCCACUGAAAGGGAGAAUAGCAUGUGGGAUUUAGCAGCUAAUCCUAGAGGGGAGAGUAGCUUUGGGUAUCUACAGCCUGAGAAUCUCUCUGGUCAAGAAAGUGAACCGGAAGAUAAAAUAGCUCCCGUGAAAACAAGAUAUAAGACGAGGAGGAUUGUUUCUGAUGAUGAAGAUGAUUCGGUGACAGAAGGAAUGUUAUCCCCUUUCCCAAAGCCAUUACUAACACAAUUUAGCUCAACUCCCAAAAACAAUAGAUCCCAAUCGGAAUUGUUUUUAUCUGAAAUAUGUAGUGGUGGAAAUAAUUCUGUAAUUUCUAGAAGAUCUCUGGCUUCAAGGAGAUCACUUAUUCAUGUGAUUUUAGACCAUGUUGAAGAUAUGGAAGAAGAUGCCAGUGAGCAAAAGAGUAUGGACAAGUAUUUAGAAGAAGAAGAAGAAAUAGCAGAAAUAGCAGAGGACAGUCAGGAAUCUGAACAUUCAGAAGAGGAACCUGCUGGAGAACCCUCAUUGUCCCAAAGUAAACCCUGCUCUUUGUCCGUGUCUCACUCAGACUUAGCCCAGAGUGCAUCUGGUGGAGAUUGUGAAGAGACUACUGCACACAACCCAAGUCCAGCUCCUGUGACAGAUGAGUAUGAGGCUCUUGUCAGGUGUGGAAAGGAACUGAAAGAGAAUGGGAAAAUACAGGAAGCACUCAAUUGUUUACUUAAAGCCCUUGAUAUAAAAAGUACUGAUCCACAAGUUAUGCUCAUGACUUUAAAUUUGUAUAAGCAACUUAAUCAAACUUGAGAUUGUGGUUUGUUUGCUGUACUUUAAAAUCCAUUGAAGGGUUAUCUAUGCUUACUUUUCUGAUUCAGUUUCUCUUAAUUGAAGGUGAUGUUUUGAGAAAAGGAUAGGUUCCAGCAUGUUUAGGGUGAUGAUUCAAAUAACAUGCCCUUGUCCCUCCUUUUCUGUGAACACUAGUUUCAUAUGUUGCUUCCAUCAAGACUGGGGUGGGGGGGAUUGAGGUUUUUUGCUAUUUUGUUCUUACUCUUUCACUGCCUGGAUGGUCCGUGGGGGACAAUAUUAUUUUUUAAAAGGUUCUUUUAAGUUUACACGCCAACUGACCCUGUUCUGAAAAACCUCUUUGGGGGUUUGUCAUCUGGUU